GACCCCCCCGACUGCCAAUGGUUUCACAUCCAUAGUUUUGCUGUUCAACCCUUCGAUCACAAUGCAAUAGCUUGCUUCCCAGAUUUGAUGCCUUUCCUGUGGUCAAUCCUCUGGGGUCCAAGAACAUCUUGUCGUUGUACGUUUUCCUAAUACAUGGCUGAUAUUUGAAUCAACUUUGCAACAAAUGUCCGUGUGGACACAUAGUUUAUGUUCGGUAUUUCGGUUUGGGAAAGUUUUAUUGUUAUGAGCUGAAUGUGCAGUGGGACCUUUUUGUCCUGGUGUGUGCAUUAAAAUAAAAUCCAUUGUAGGGUUACCAUUUCUUUUUGUGGAAGAGGUGGUUAGGUGGUCAGUGCUCAAAGGGGGUGAUUCACCUAACAGACAUGGGUUGCAGGUGGGUCGUAUGUGAGUCGAAGGGUUAACAAUCCCAUGUGACCAUCAGCCUAAAUUAUAAUGGGAAAGUGCAGUAUACUCUUGUCAUAUCAUAUAAGGAUGAGAAAUGGAAGUGUGAGGGUUAGCUGUAGUGUAAUUCACCUGCUAACGCACUAUGCCAUGCCAUGCUUAGCACAGGAGCUGAUGCCAAAUAGUGACCUGACUGCACAUAGACACAGAGCUUUAGAUCCCAAAGCUGGCAGAGGAAAGAAAUGUGCUGGCUCGCUUCAACUUAGUCAACCUGGAGUGACUGAGGUUAUAUAAGAAAAGAAAAGUCACAAACUCAAUGAGUCUCAUUUGUCUGGGCGGUAGUUUAAGCUGCUUGUGGUAACUUAUCUCCUCUGUUCACUGGUCAGACUUGAUAGAUCUGCAAGGCCCUUAAGCCCCAACAUAAGACACUGCAUGACAGAUAGUUCAAACUUAGUGUGGCCAGCUUUUCUUAAAGAUUUGAGGACUGUAAUUUAUAGUCAUAAUAAUAGUAAUGGAGCUUAUCACAAAUCAAUAUUUUAAGGUUAGUGUGGAACUAGCACAGUAAGUUGCAUUUAGUAUUUGGAUGAAAGCACAAAUGAUAUUUGAGCCAGCUAGUUAAACUUUCUAUCCAUCUUCACUUCCUCCAACAAUAAGUUAAAAAUGACCUGAAUGUUUCAGGUUUGGUGUAGUUAGGGCUUAUCUAAAGCCUGCAUGUAGAGAGAGCUCUUUGUACAACGUUGUUGUGUAAAUAUAUUUUUAUUUUACAACUCUCUCUGUAAAAUAGAAAUAUGUUAUCAAGAAAAUUGUGUACCACAAUACCACAGGCCCAUACUAACUGUCCUUAAUUUCUCUCCUACAGCAGUACUGCUUUGCCAGUCCUGUACUGCACUCUGUUAAGGGUGCAGCAACUCAUCCUGUGUAGGUUAUGGGGAACACAGAGAACUGUGCACUUGUCAGUUUGGUCAGGGCUCACUUGCUGCUAAUUUGACCUGGGGCCUGUGAGGGGAAUCAGAUGCAGCCCAGCCACAACAAAGUUUUUAGUUUUUAAUUUGGCCUCUGAACUUCCAACAAAGUUGGAGAAAAAACUUUUAUGCAUUUAUGAUAGACUACAUAUCUUUUAUGAGGCACCUUUGUCCUGAAAACGAAGUCAAGUAAAAUUUAUGAUUUGAUAAUUUAAUCAGUGCCUUUAUGAGUCAGAAUGAACAGUGUGGCUCUAGCAUGUCAUAUUAUCAUAUUUCUGAGCAGAAAUUGUGAAAUCACAGUCUUUAUUAUGCUAUGAUAAUGUUAAUCCUUUGAAAAUCUAAAUCUUGACUUCAUUUAAAAUGAUUACGGAUCUGGACCACAGGGUCCUCUACAUUUUUUUUUCUAGUUUUGUGGUUAUGCCCCAAGAAGAUACUUUGUUUUUUGAGUGCCGUAUAUCAAUGCAACACAGGUGGUAUACUGUUGUGUGUGACUUCAAACCCUUUUCCAAAGUGUUACUAAUGGUAAAGAGAAAUUUUCUAGGCUUCUUUUCUGCCGGUUGAAGUCUGACUGCAGAGGGACCCUUGGCACUGAAAGUGGGGCAAAACACCGGACCCCAAGCUGCAGGUCAGAUCAUAUGUGGACGUCAUGAUGGAGCAGAAUCUGUCCAAAGAGGAGAGGGAGAUUCGUCAGCAGCUGGCAGAGAAGGCCAAAUCGGGGGACCUGAAAGCUGUCAACGGGUCCGCUGCCGCUCAAGCUGCCGUAAAACGUAAGCGUCGAUGGGACCAGACAGCUGACCAAACCCCCUCCAAUGCUACACCCAAAAAGAUGUCCAGCUGGGACCAGGCUGAUGUCAACGCUGAGACUCCAGGACACACUCCUGCACACACACCCUCCAACAGCCGAUGGGAUGAAACCCCUGGCCGCCCUAAAGGCAGUGAGACUCCAGGAGCCACACCCAGUACCCGCAUGUGGGAUCCCACUCCCAGCCACACACCCGCUGGUGCCGCCACCCCUGGCAGGGAUACACCUGGACACGCCACACCGGGCCACGGAGGACAAACAGGAAGUGUUCGCAAGAACCGCUGGGACGAAACCCCAAAGACAGAAAGAGAGACCCAAGGCUGGAUUGAUACCCCACGCACAGACAGAGGAGAUGAGUCGGUGGGUGAGACUCCAACCCCAGGGGCCAGUAAGAGGAAGUCUCGUUGGGAUGAAACCCCUGCCAGUCAGAUGGGCUCCUCAACACCAUUACUUACCCCAGGAAAGACUCCCAUAGGAACCCCCGCCAUGAACAUGGCCACCCCGACACCAGGUCACCUGAUGAGCAUGACUCCAGAGCAGCUGCAGGCAUGGAGGUGGGAGAGGGAAAUUGAUGAGAGGAACCGACCACUCACAGACGAUGAGCUCGAUGCCAUGUUCCCAGAGGGAUACAAGGUCUUGCCUCCACCAGCCGGCUACGUGCCAAUCCGUACUCCAGCCCGUAAGCUGUCAGCUACACCCACCCCAAUUGGUGGCAUGACGGGCUUCCACAUGCAGGCAGAGGACCGCACAACAAAACAGAUGAAUGACCAGCCCUCAGGAAAUCUCCCCUUCCUCAAACCUGAUGACAUCCAGUAUUUUGACAAACUCCUGGUUGAGGUUGAUGAGUCCACGCUGAGCCCUGAAGAGCAGAAAGAGAGGAAGAUCAUGAAGCUGCUGCUGAAGAUUAAAAAUGGAACACCACCCAUGAGGAAGGCGGCUCUGCGUCAGAUCACAGAUAAAGCUCGUGAGUUUGGAGCGGGCCCCUUGUUCAACCAGAUCCUGCCACUGCUCAUGUCACCCACCCUGGAGGACCAGGAGCGCCACUUGCUGGUUAAAGUCAUCGACCGCAUUCUCUACAAACUGGACGACCUGGUCCGACCAUACGUACACAAGAUCCUGGUGGUGAUUGAGCCCCUGCUGAUUGAUGAGGACUACUACGCCAGAGUGGAAGGCAGAGAAAUUAUUUCCAAUUUGGCAAAGGCUGCUGGUUUGGCUACGAUGAUCUCCACAAUGCGACCCGAUAUCGACAACAUGGACGAGUACGUCAGAAACACCACAGCCAGAGCCUUCGCCGUGGUGGCCUCUGCCCUCGGUAUUCCCUCUCUGUUGCCCUUCCUCAAAGCCGUGUGUAAAAGCAAGAAGUCCUGGCAGGCCCGACACACAGGCAUCAAGAUCGUCCAGCAGAUCGCCAUCCUCAUGGGCUGCGCCAUUUUGCCCCACCUCCGCAGCUUGGUGGAGAUUAUCGAACACGGUCUCGUGGAUGAGCAGCAGAAGGUGAGGACCAUCAGUGCUCUGGCCAUAGCUGCUCUCGCUGAAGCUGCUACACCCUACGGUAUCGAGUCCUUUGACUCCGUCCUCAAGCCACUGUGGAAGGGUAUCAGACAGCACAGAGGAAAGGGUCUGGCUGCCUUCCUCAAAGCUAUCGGCUACCUGAUCCCUCUGAUGGACGCCGAGUAUGCAAACUACUACACAAGAGAGGUGAUGUUGAUCCUCAUCAGAGAGUUCCAGUCCCCCGAUGAGGAGAUGAAAAAAAUUGUCCUCAAGGUGGUGAAGCAGUGUUGCGGCACGGACGGUGUGGAAGCCAACUAUAUCAAGACUGAGAUCCUACCCCCCUUCUUCAAGCACUUCUGGCAGCACAGGAUGGCUCUGGACAGACGUAACUACAGACAGUUGGUGGACACUACGGUGGAGUUGGCCAACAAGGUGGGAGCAGCGGAGAUCAUUUCUCGCAUCGUGGACGACCUGAAAGACGAGGCCGAGCAGUACAGAAAGAUGGUGAUGGAGACCAUCGAAAAAAUUAUGGGUAACCUGGGAGCAGCCGACAUCGACCACAAGCUGGAGGAGCAGCUGAUUGACGGCAUCCUGUACGCCUUCCAGGAGCAGACGACAGAGGACUCUGUGAUGUUGAAUGGUUUCGGCACAGUAGUAAACGCCCUCGGGAAGCGUGUGAAACCCUACCUGCCUCAGAUCUGCGGUACCGUGCUGUGGCGUCUGAACAACAAGUCGGCCAAAGUCCGUCAGCAGGCCGCCGACCUGAUCUCUCGCACCGCCGUCGUCAUGAAGACCUGUCAGGAGGAGAAGCUGAUGGGUCACUUGGGUGUGGUGCUGUAUGAGUACCUGGGAGAAGAAUACCCCGAGGUGCUGGGUAGCAUCCUGGGAGCACUGAAGGCCAUUGUUAAUGUUAUUGGUAUGCACAAGAUGACUCCACCAAUCAAAGACCUGCUUCCCCGUUUAACCCCCAUCCUGAAGAACAGACACGAGAAGGUGCAGGAGAACUGUAUCGACCUGGUGGGAAGGAUUGCUGACAGGGGUGCUGAAUACGUGUCAGCCAGGGAGUGGAUGAGGAUUUGUUUUGAGCUGCUGGAGUUGCUCAAAGCUCACAAGAAGGCCAUCCGCAGAGCCACCGUCAACACGUUUGGUUACAUCGCCAAAGCCAUCGGUCCCCAUGACGUCUUGGCCACGCUGCUCAACAACCUGAAGGUCCAGGAGCGUCAGAACCGCGUCUGCACAACCGUGGCCAUCGCCAUCGUUGCCGAGACCUGUUCGCCGUUCACAGUCCUGCCCGCACUCAUGAACGAAUACAGAGUGCCCGAGCUCAACGUGCAGAACGGCGUGCUCAAGUCCCUGUCCUUCUUGUUCGAGUACAUCGGAGAGAUGGGCAAAGACUACAUCUACGCCGUCACGCCGCUGCUGGAGGACGCACUCAUGGACAGAGACCUGGUCCACAGACAGACAGCCAGCGCCGUGGUCCAGCACAUGUCUCUCGGCGUUUACGGUUUUGGCUGCGAAGACUCCCUCAACCACUUGCUCAAUUACGUCUGGCCUAACGUAUUUGAGACGUCGCCUCACGUAAUCCAGGCCGUCAUGGGUGCACUGGAGGGACUAAGGGUCGCCAUCGGGCCCUGCCGCAUGCUUCAGUACUGCUUACAGGGUCUGUUCCAUCCAGCCAGGAAGGUGAGAGACGUCUACUGGAAGAUUUACAACUCCAUCUACAUCGGUUCACAAGACGCCCUCAUCGCUCACUACCCACAGGUCUACAACGACGAGAAAAACAUUUACGUCCGCUAUGAGCUGGAAUAUGUCUUGUAAAUACAAAUGUAUGUUCUCUCAGUUUUUUCUGCUCCCUCAAUUAUCACUCUCUGCUGUCUUAUCUAUCCUGGUCUAGGACUGAGUCCGUUUUUACUUAGCAACUGUAUGUUGGUCUUUCCCCGGGCAGAACAAUCCAAUAGAGGCACACAUUAAGCCUCUGCUGGACGCCACUUAUUGAACAGAAUUUAAACAAUGAGCGUGACAGUAGGUGAAAUAAAACAAGGGACACAGUCGAGUUUGUAUGUACUUUUUUUCUCUAUUUUCUUUUGCAAUGUUUUUUUUUGUGAAGAAUGAUUGACGUCAGUCAAACCUUGAUUGAGGAAUGCAGGGCAGUUGUCAAAUGUUUUAAAUAUUUGGAUAUUUUUGUGUGUAUUGAUAGGCCUCUGCACUGGCUGCUCCAUUUACACACCCUCUCCUCAGUUCACACUUCCUCUGUUAUUAGAUUGUUUUUAUUUAACCAAAUAAAAUGUUUGUGUAUAAAAUUGA